CUAUACAUUGCUUCCCAUAUGUGAAGAAACGGAUUCCAGUCAUGUACCAGCACCACACGGAUUUAAACCCAAUCGAAGUCGCCAUCGAUGAAAUGAGUAAAAAAGUUGCAGAACUGAAGCAGCUUUGCUCUUCAGCUGAAGUAGAUAUGAUCAAAUUGCAGCUGAAGCUACAAGGGAGUGUCAGUGUUCAGGUUAAUGCUGGUCCACUAGCGUAUGCAAGAGCUUUCUUAGAUGACACCAACACCAAAAGAUAUCCAGACAAUAAAGUAAAGCUACUAAAAGAGGUUUUCAGGCAAUUUGUUGAAGCUUGUGGGCAUGCUCUGGGUGUAAAUGAACGACUUAUAAAGGAAGAUCAGUUGGAAUAUCAAGAAGAAAUGAAGGCUAACUACAGAGAAAUGGCGAAAGAGCUUUCUGAAAUAAUGCAUGAACAAGUUUGGUGUGGUGGGAUCACUGCGGUGGAAGAAAAGGCCAGUGUCAUGCCGAACUCACUGCACAUCUUCAAUGCCAUCAGUGGGACUCCAACAAGCACAACAGUUCAUGGGAUGCCCAGUUCCUCUUCAGUUGCAUGA